CCCCUGCACCAGCACCAGCACCAACCGUAUGACCCACGAGACACGAGAGAAAAAGAAUCGGACUCAAGAACAAAACCAAGUGUGCUUCAACUUGCAAGCUUCCGCGUCCAUCCAUCGAGUUUUGGCAAAAUUGUCUCUCUUCUAGAUGAUUGGAAUAAUUUUAAAGCAACACUUCAUUUUCACAUAGUAGAAUUAUCAGUUUCAAGAUUUAGAUACACCCUUGGACAUUUUGAAUUUCAAAAUACGAUAAUUCGCUUUUUAAGUCCUGACUACAAGAAACAUGUUGCAGAAUAUAUCUAAAUUAUUUAGAAACUGCGGACACAGAUUUCUGCUUCCCAAGUUCCCUAUGUCAACUUUGGAAAGCAUUGAAUCCAACCCACUAGAUUCAGAACUUGUCCCUCCCUCAUCAAGCUUGGCAAAAAGUCAGAACUUCAAAAGGAAGUUGGAAUUCAUGCCACCAAACAUGGAGCCAAAGCAAGCUUGGCUGGAAAAUUUGAACACGACUGACGAAGAGAAAAUUUCCAUAUUAGAACUCCACCCUCAAGUUUUUGGAUCAAUGCCUAGGAUUGAUGUCAUUCAUAAAAAUGUGAGAUGGCAGACAUUAUAUGGACGAAUGGACUUGCGUCAAGCAGCCUCACGAGCGGAGCUUCCGGGAGGUGGAAGAAAGCCCUGGCCUCAAAAAGGUCUUGGCAGAGCUCGACAUGGGAGCAAUAGAUCGCCUCUUUUCUAUAAUGGAGGAAAGGCACAUGGACCAAGAGCUCCAAAGUCCUAUUUCUAUAUGCUGCCAUACGACCUACGAGUGUUGGGGUUGACCACAACUCUCUCAGUUAAACUCGCUCAAGAUGAUUUGCAUAUUGUCGAAUCUCUAGAUAUUCCCACGGACGACCAGCAGUAUAUUGAAGAACUUGUGCAGGCCCGAAUGUGGGGCCCAUCUGUGCUCUUUGUUGACGAGCAAGAUGUGAUGCCAGAAAAUAUAACCAAGGCAACAGAAAACACACGCCACUUCAAUUUGAUGCCAGCAUAUGGUCUCAAUGUGUUCAGCAUGUUGAAGCACGACACUCUGGUACUGACCCUAGCUGCUCUCAAUAGGAUCGAGCAUCAGCUUCUCCUUAACAUUCAUCGCAAUAAGAAUGGAAAACAUCAGUUCAGAUAUAUGCCAUCACAUCAUUGAAACAAGUUGUUUUACAGCAUUUUGUCAUACAAAUUAGUAAAUUCAUUUAUUGAUAAACUAUAUAA